AGGCAGGAGGAAAGGAGGACCUCACAGGAGGAUGCCAAGGAUAGGGUGAGAAGGAGCGAGGAUCCACUGCUGUGAAAAAGAAGAUGAAGACAAAAGCACUUUCAUAAAAAGAUUGUUAUAAAUGUUUAUAAUUUUAAUUUGUAUUUCUUCACCAUUGAAUGCAUUAAGCCUUCGUAGAAAGCGUUUUAUUUUUUUAGAGGAAAAGCAGCUUCCGGCGGAAGUGGACUGAGAGUAGCUUAACUUCACCGCUGUGUGGACGUCUAAAGCUGGGAGCUGGAGGGUGACGGUGUUUCGUAUCGCUGAGGCUCGGUCGAGCUGCUGGGGGAACCAUGUCCGCUCUUCAGCAUCUGAGGCUGUUCGUGAAGGAGCGUCUGAGCGCCGCAGCGGAGGAAAUCUUCAGGGAGUUUGAGAAAACCGUCCUGCAGUACGAAGAGCAGCUCCACCAACAGCACGGGGCCCUGAGCUGGACUGCAGACUCUGCAGACCUUUCACAGCAAGAUGACUGCAAAGAGGAGGAGAAGGUUUCCAUCGCCCAGGAGCUCUGUAAGCAGAAAGAGGCCACCAGUGUGGACCAGGAGAAACCAGAACCAGUACAGAUUAAAGAGGAACAGGAGGAGUUCUACACCGGUCAGGAGGGAGAGCAGCUUAUCCUGAAGGAGGAGAGCGAGACAAUUAUGGUGACUCUUACUUAUGAUGAAAGUGACCUCGGUGAACCUCAGCACAAGUACGUGGACUCUGGAUCUACGACAAAUGCAGAGCCACAGCCAGCGGAGCUACAUCAGCGAACCAGAAGCACCACGAAAGCUGUCACAUCACAGAGUCAGCAUAAACCUGAUGCGGGGAAAAAGUCUGUAAAAUGUGAUGUUUGUGGAAAAACCUUCAAGUAUAAUUUCCAAAUGAAGAAACAUUACAGAAUCCACACAGGCGAGAAGCCGUACGCCUGCAGCACUUGUGGAAAAAGAUUCUAUCAGAUUUAUUUCAUGAAAUAUCACGAAAGAAAUCAUACAGGUGAGAAAUCACACCUGUGCAUCACCUGUGGGAAAAGAUUCACUGACCUAUCGGCACUUAAAAGGCAUACAUCCAUCCACACAGGCGAGAAGCCGUAUUCCUGCGAAACGUGCGGGAAAUGUUUCAGGCACAGUGCGACUCUGUUGGUUCACAUGAGAACCCACACAGGUGAGAAGCCGUACGCUUGCAACACCUGUGGGAAAAGAUUCACCAACUUAUCUGCAUUUAAAAAACAUGCCGCAAUCCACACAGGUGAGAAACCCUAUUCCUGUAAAAUCUGCGGGAAAAGUUUCACUCAGAGCGGGAAUCUGACGGUUCACAUGAGAACGCACACAGGUGAAAAAUGGUACUCCUGUGAAACGUGUGGCAAAAGUUUCAGUCGAAGUAGCAAUUUAACUGUUCACAUGAGAACGCACACAGGUGAGAAGCCUUACCACUGCAACACCUGUGGGGAACGAUUUAAAUACGCCGCAACGCUAAAGAACCACAUGGGAACGCACGCAGCGGAGACGUCGCACGCUUGCAAAAAAUGUGGGAAAGGCACCAAGGGGGAGUGAUAACAAUCUGGUCGCUACGGGAACCCAUACAGGUGAGACGUCAGGGUCCUGAAACAACUUUGUGGAAAAAAAUCUUAUGAAUAUGCUCAUGGUAAUUUAAAGUGCAUAAAAACUGCUGUGACUUUGUGUUCACAACAUCUGUGUGUUGUGUUGAAGAGAUAUCAACUAGAGCACAAUAAGGCUGGGAUGUACUUUCAUGCAAUACCACUUUCUACCACAAGAUGGUGCAACAAGUCUGUGUAACCUUUAUUUAAGCAGGCAGUAGUGACUCCUUAUAAACACUUUAUUAUUUCAGUCAUGGCAUCAGUUCCAUCUGUUUUACUGCAGAAUGUCAAAGACUAGCUUAGUUUCUAUAUUUUUGACUUUCAGGAAGUCGAAUGAACAACUUUAACAUGCCAGACUUUUGUUGGCUCAUGUUUUUAAUAUUUUAAUACCAGAUAAUUAAUCUGAUUAUGUCAGAAGGAUGAAAAAUAUAAAGUAUUUCAAUAUCCUCAUAGAAGAGAAAAUGCAAAAACAAAACACUUGGAAUAACUUGUCCUUAUGCUCCGCUAUCAUGUGUUCGGCACAGGGAUGCAGAAUCAGUCCUAAACGAGCUGCUUGUUAUGUUUUGGUUAGCUGUGAUGUCAUGUCUCCAUGCUGCUUUUUUUAAUCACUCAACAUCUGGCUCAUUUGUGUUAAUGAAGUGCAGCUGUGAGACAAACUCCUCUCAGACUUUUACUUUUGUGGUACAAUGUUUUGUGUCUCCAGGUAAAAACACACGUUAGCCUUGAAUAAUCAAUGCUCUCGUGUGUGGGCGGAGCUUCAGACAGCCCUCAGUGAGGGUCCAACAGCUGCUCUCUGGGAGCACAUCUGCACUUUAUUCAUUAUCCUCCUCCUUCUUCUGCAUUUCCUGCUUCUGGAAGCAGCACAUUAUGCAGCAUGUGAUGUGACUUUAUGUCACAUUUGCCGUGUUGAAGUCAGCCAGUUGUGGCUUGAUUAAUUGUAUUCUUGCAUCAUGUCGACUGAACGGUUACUAUCAGCCCCUCCUCAGCACACUGUUCAGUGUUUUAUAGUGGAUAGUAAUAUCAGAGAUUAAAGCUGCUCGACAGUAUUUGAAACAUUAACAUCCAGUAUUGAAAUUAGACCUUGUGUAUGUCCCGGUAAUAAUAUAAACAGUUAAUAACAUUUAUAAUUUUGCUGUUUUUACCCCCAUGAAGGCCUUUUGUUACACUCAGCUCUUCUGUGUUGUGCUGUGCUUCUUGUCUUUGAGACAAGAAGAAAUGAGACUGUUUAUGAUGGUUUGAACCCAAAACCUUCUCUCUGUGAGGUGACCAGGCUAACCACUGUACCACUGUGCUGCCCAGCUAUCUAAUCUGUUUAUCUGACUAAUGCAGCUACACUUUGUACUCAGUCGGUCAGUAUUUGGAUUUCAAGCAGAAGCCUUUCCCACACAGACUUCUCUCCAGUAACUGAGCAGUUAAUGACAGACUUGCGAUGUCCUGGCUGUUCCUGAGCGGUUUGCACUGCACCUCAUUUUUAUUUAUUUUAAUCAGCUUCACACAGAGGUGUCUGAGUUAGUCGUCUGUGGCUUUGUCUGUCUCUCCUGGUUUUACAGCAGCAUCUCAUCUCACAGCUCCACACAUACUUUACCGGUCUGACACCUGGGACCUGGUGGCAGCUGGGUCUGCUGUUGAUCAGCAAACAGCAGUCUGCCAGUAACAGUGUAUUACAUCCUAUCAGGUGCGUAGUUUAAGACUAAAAAUAGCCACAUAAACACUUCAGUUCUUUAAAAUUUAAUGACUUUGGAUCUUAAAAAAAUCACGACCAUCCUGUUAGUACGGUUAGCCAACACUAAACCGCGGGCCGAGUUUCUCAGCGGGGUCGAUAAUCUUCUGGAAUAACUUGUGAGUCAUUCCGUCGGGUCAGAGCAGUUACGUCUCUUUAGUUACGUUUUCAAAAAAAUCCCUUUCAUCAAAUAUUUCUGAGUGUGCAGGAUUCACAGCAGAGCUUCCAGACUCCAAGUGCCUUCAGACUUUAACAGUGAUGAUGAUUGUUGUCACACUGUGUGAGACACAACAAACACAGUGUAAAUCUGUGUCAGGCCGAACAAAGUGAGUGAAUUCAAAUAGUGAACUUCCUUGAUGACUGACAGAAUGGCAAACGAAUGAAGACGUCUGCUAACUAUGAGGUUUAACUUCUGUGCUUGAGUUUUGCUUGGGUUAAUCUGACAAAUAUAACCUUGAAUAUCAAUGUAAUCCUUUUUUUUUCUCAGAACUAUUUUGAAAAAUGUCAUUAAUUUGAAGUUCUAUGUAAUCCUGUCCAUCUUGUAAAAAUCCAUUAUGCAUUGUGGUGAUUUAUUUUUAUCUAAGUUUAAAAUAAAGGUUUAUUGUACAGUAACAUCAGAGAGAUCCGAGCCGAGGAACAGGCUGUGUUUUAGGUGUUUGUUUGUUUUUCCAAAGCAUCAUAAAAAAUAAAUUCAUGUGUUGCAUCAUAUUUGAUAUAACAGCAAACUUUUAUAUUUAAAAAAUAAACAUGCAGAAACUUUA